CUAGCUUGCUAGUGUCGCAGUCGGGGCUAACAAGACAAGGCUGCCUGAUAACCGUGCUGUCGAGCGCUGUCAAGACUAUUAAUAAUAUAUUUAACGCUGGCUUCUCCUUUCUUAACGCGCCCCAGACUGGUAUAGAGAGUCAGCCAUUUCCCUGGAAUGUUCUGCCUCCUGCCAAAGAGAAGUCACUACAAUGACAUGUCAGACAAGCCUCACUGCCGCAACGACAGCUCUCAGGUGAGAGACCUGAUGCAGUUUCAGUACGCUGACAAGUCUGACAAGUCUGACCAGCAAGACAUGACGAAAAAACCAAAAGAGAACUCAAGUCGGGACGGCGGCUCCUCUUCCUCCUCCUCCUGCACCGCUACCUCCUCCUCACCCUGCUGCGCCUCCUCACCCUCCACUAGCCGGGCUGUAGGUCAUGAAAAGCGAGACAAGAGGGACGACGGCUCCUCAUCGUGUUGUAAGCUGGACGAUCUGAAACGUCUCCCACAAUGCAACAGACAGCUGGGACUCCUGGACUUCAGCACUACACACACUGUCCUCGUUGAUGUGGAUUCCUUCAACAAGGGAGAUGGACUCAGACCCCAGAGAGGGAGAGACAUGUGGAACAAUAACUUUGUGAAAAUGCCGUCUUCAGAGGCGAGUUCUGCUAUCGUCAAGACGGGAUUUCCAAAGAUGCCCACUAAAGUGAAGCGGUGGGACGAGAUCCAAAAGCACCUCAAAGGUCUGACGAAGAAGACGACAGUCAGCGUUAAAGAUGUGGAGGAAGCGAUCACCAAAUGUAACCCGACCUAUAAAGAUCAGUGGUCAUUUGAUGCCCUGUCCAGCUUUGUGAAGUGCAUCCCGAAAGAAGAAAACUACUUCCCCGCGCUGUUUCCGAAGAUCGCCAAGUUGGCCCUGAAGCUGCCUGAUUAUGUGGGCAAGGCCAUCCCGCUGCUCCAGAGAGGAAGGCCCGCGAGCAUCACGCUGUCGCAGGUUCAGAUAUCCUGCCUGCUUGCGAACGCGUUUUUCUGCACUUUCCCUCACCGCAACACCACCAACCCCACCGCAGAGUACCACAACUACCCCAGCAUCAACUUCAGCAGUCUGUUUGGAAAGUGGUCAGAGCGGAAGCGAGAGAAGCUGAGGGCCAUCAUGCAUUACUUUAACGUGGUUACAGAUGAGAGAUCCAGACUGACGGGACUGGUGACGUUCGAGCGGCGCUGCCUCAGAGACACGGACAUAUCCACCUGGAGAAACUGUAAGGAGACGAUGCACAAACUGCACGUGGCGUCAGACGGCGCCAUCGAGACUGAAGGUACAGGCAUGCUGCAGGUGGAUUUCGCCUGCAACAUGAUCGGUGGAGGUGUUCUGGGCGCUGGUCUGGUGCAGGAGGAGAUCCUGUUCCUCAUCAAUCCAGAGCUCAUUGUUUCCCGCCUCUUCACCGAGAGACUCGAGGACAACGAGUGUCUGAUCAUCACAGGCUCUCAGCAGUUCAGCUGUUACACUGGGUUCAGCGACACCUUCGAGUGGGCCGGUCCCUACGAAGACCACCUCCCAAGCGAUAAGUGGGGUCGGAAGCAGAGGCAGAUCUUAGCCAUCGACGCUCUGCACUUCAAACACAGCUGGCAGCAGUACAGCAUGAGGAUGGUGAUACGGGAGCUCAACAAGGUGUACUGCGGGUUUAAGGCUGAUGGGAGCGACGAGCCCGACAUCGCCACGGGCAAGUGGGGCUGUGGAGCUUUCAACGGAGACCCGCAACUCAAAGCUAUGAUCCAGCUGAUGGCGGCAGCGAAGGCGAGGAGAGGAUUGGCCUUCUUCACCUUCGGGGAUUACCUGCUGAAACGCGACCUGGAGCAGAUUCACCACCUGCUGGUCAAAGAGGGGACGACAGUCGGGAAACUGUUUGGCCUUCUGGAGGACUACUGCUCUGAUCAGCACCGAGGUCCACAUGUGGAUCUGUUUGAGUUCAUCCGGAACCACUACAGACCCUCCAAGAGUCACCUGUGAGGACGUUCAUGUCCACGUUCACCUGCGUCUGAAGUUGCACUAAAAUCUAACCGGAAUGUUUUUUACAACACAAACGAAGGAGUACAGAUUUAAUCCUAUUGCUUUUUUGUACAUUUUUAGAUUCAUUUGAGAGUUUACAUUUGACCGGAAACAGUAUGACGCAGAAAAAAGAUCCACAGCUGGAAUCAAAGCGGGCAUGUUGUGUUUUCACGGUCCGAGCUGUAACCAAAGAUGGAGAUUUGGUGGCAGCAGUGAAGGAGAUGAGUGUCAGUUGUGAGGAUUCGCUUCUUUUUCGUUGUCUUGACCUGACAGUAAAUUGUGAAUCGUAUUUUCCAACACAGUUAUAAAUCAGCUCUAAAAGCUCAAUUUGAUGGUGGUGAGUUCAAGUUCAAGAGUUAAGUUCUCUGUUUAUUUGUGGAUCACACCACAUCGCCACCUUCUGUAUCGGAGUGUCGAUACUUCUCGUGUUAAAGGUUCAGCAACAAUAUCAACAAUAGAUAAAAAUAAAAGUCAUUAAUCCUCCCAAACUGACCCAGUUAAUGGAUAAAAGUGACUUAAAGUAGAUAGAAGUAGAAGUCAGAUAUUCGUCAGGCCACCAUAAUGAUCAACGUUAACUUUUAAAAGCAUAUUUAGGUGGUGACGUGUAAAUAAAGAUGCUGUCGGCUCACCAACAAGUCGAAACAAUCCGGUAACGCAGGAGACGAUGGAUUAACCUUCGUGACUCAGACGGACUGCGAGCAGCUGUCGACUUCUCUCAGACCAGUGAAGGAACUUUACGUUACGUUUUUUGUCAAACUGUAGUUUUUUUUUUUUGACAUGUUUAGUUACGAGUUACUUUUUCAAAUUAAGACGUUUGCACUCAGAACAUACGUAAAUGCACAAAUACAGCUGAACGUGUCGUUCGAUUGAUUCAUUUACAGAACGUAAUAAUACGUCUGUCAUGUAAACACAUUUGAUGGUUCCAGCUUCACAGUUAUUUCAUUAAAUUACUCGUUAUCUAUCAGCUCUACACCGUGUAUUUCCUGCUUCCCUACAUGUUGGACCGUCUAGACAAACGUUGUGAACGUGUCACUCCGGGCUCAAACCAAUCAAUCAGUUAAUGGAGAAUAUAAUCAGCUAACUAAUCCAUAAUAACAUUUUAAUACAGGAAAGUGUGGACUAUUACUUUUACUCAAGGAGUUGAAUACUUCCUCCGCCUCUGUCUCAGUUUGAGUAGAGCUGAAAUGUUUUGUUCAUCACUUUUAGACUUAGUGUUUGUACUGAUGACAAACAGUAAUGGUGUAAAACAUAUAUAUAUUUUUGAAACUGUACUGAGAGAAGCACUUUGUUUUGCUCCCCGUCUGUUUGUCUGAUGAACCUGACAGACAAACCUCAGGGUAAAACAUGCUCCUGCUCAUAAAGCGUCCUGCUGUAAGAAUUAAAAUGAAGGGUGUUCAUCAGUAUUUGCUCUAAUAAAUGAACGCUGUGGCUGUAAACAUGCUGUAAAUGUUGUAAUUCCUCAAACAGAGGGCAGACAAACGGCUCUUUUCAACAUAAUCUUCAUUUAUUGAAAACAGUAAAACAUACAACACUAUAUGAAAAUAAAUACAUCCUUUAAAUCUGA